AAUGAAAACCGCCAUGGGUUGAUAACGCCAUACCGGCAGAGGAAUCGUCGAGUGCUUUUCAAAGGUGUAUCGGUUUCGCGGGUUGAGGUUGGGUCUGUCACGUGAUACACGUCGGUAAUGGCGAGUCGGGACUUCUGACAGUUGAGGGUUCGCAAGCUCGCGUCGAGAAUCGUUGUAAAUGCAUCUGAAAAUUAUAUCUUAAAUUGUCGAGUCCGGUUUUGUUUGCUCAACAGGUUUUGAUCGGUGAUAAAUUUAGUCAAGAGAGAGACUGCUUCCGGUUGUCAGAAGGAGACAAGUGUCGGUGUUCGUUGAUUCGUCGCGCGCUUGUAAUACCAAUCUUCGGUUAACGGUGUGGCUGAGUCAAUCCUUUGGUGUUUCUCGGAUAUAUUCCCACCGGUUGCAAAGCUUGAGGAUUAACGACAAGCUUACAGUUCGGGGAUCACAGCUGGUGAGAUAUAACUGGGUCCGCUGAAAAUAAUCAAUUAAUGAGGAAGUGAGCAGCGAGGUGCCGCUUAAUUGCUUCGUGCAGUUGCAAGCAGUUCGGACGUGUGUGUGUUGUGUCGGUAGCCUGCGUAUCGCACACAUACCAUAAUAAAUAUUUCUUGUCGCUCGUCGCUCUCGUUCGAAGGAAGAAUAACUGCAGGGGUGGAAUAAAUAACCGAGCGAUUGCUGUGGGCGGCGGAGAAGGCAUACCGGAAAGAGUACACGUCGGAAAUAAAAGGGAACCGCUCUCCGAAGGAGAAAGAGAGAAACGCAGUGAUCAUGCCUGCACCUACUACAGCGGGUGGACCCGGUGGGGACGCCGGUCCCGAUGGAGGCGCGGGAGCCGGACCUCCGCGUACCGAACUUCAGGAACUCCAACUGAAGGCUGGUCAAACCACAGAUGAGUCGUUGGAGAGCACGAGGCGUAUGCUGGCGUUAUGCGAGGAGAGCGAGGAAGUUGGAGCAAACACUCUGAUGAUGUUGGACCACCAAGGCGAGCAACUGGACAGAAUCGAAGAGGGCAUGGACCAGAUCAACGCUGACAUGCGAGAGGCUGAAAAGAACUUGACGGGGAUGGAGAAAUGUUGCGGUCUCUGCGUAUUACCCUGUAACAAAGGGGCGAGCUUCAAAGAGGACGAGGGCACGUGGAAAGGAAACGACGACGGGAAGGUGGUCAACAAUCAGCCCCAGCGGGUGAUGGACGACCGCAACGGUCUGGGACCGCAGGGCGGUUACAUAGCGAAGAUAACGAACGACGCGCGGGAGGACGAGAUGGAGGAUAACAUGGGCCAGGUGAACACGAUGAUCGGGAACCUCCGGAACAUGGCCAUUGACAUGGGUAGCGAGCUCGAGAAUCAGAAUCGGCAAAUCGACAGGAUCAAUCGCAAGGGCGAGUCGAAUGAGACGAGGAUACAGGUGGCCAACGAGCGAGCUCAUCAGCUGCUUAAAUAAGCCGCCUGACCCGACCGUCGAUCGGCACCUCCACACACAUCUCCACCACCACCACCACUACAUCUACUAAACACCCUAAUUAUCAGUUACCGUACCGACGCAUCGUUACGCAUACCUACACUCGAGGUGUCGCUUAUUGUUUAUACAGUAUUACAGAGAAGAUACGAACAUACACAUACGGUGGCGUUAUAUAUUUAUGUACUUAACGACCUAGUAUUACAAUUGAUUAAUCGUAGCGUAGUCUCUACCGACCUCGCAGUGUCCCGUAUACCCCGUCGCCUCGGCUGAAGGGGUUCGCGGUGGACUUUCCAAGGUCGACCCUGUCGCAUAUAUUCAACAACAACAACAACAACAACAACACCAUUCGGUAUUCGAACGCGCGGGUAUUUUCGGUAUACCGUACCUUAUCACCCCGCGGCUCUCGUACGCGCAUGCAUCCAACUCGGUUCGAAUCUUACCACGCUACGUGUAGAGAUCACAGCUUCCUCUCGUGAACGCGUGUCUCUUCGCACGCGUAUCGUACGUAACUCGAAUCCCCGAUGCCCAGACGAGUGAUCAAUUACAAUCACCGAAGGAUCAAUUAUAUCGCGUGUAUGUGUGUGUGUGGUGUAGGGGGAGUCCAACGAAACUCGGAUUGCGGUGGCCAACCAACGUACGAACAAGCUACUGAAGUCGUAAACCGUUCCUGUCGUUUGCGGGGAUAUCCCUUGUCCCGUUCUUCCGUUCGCGGGACUGGACAGUGGAUAGUGGAUAGUGGAUAAUCAACAGCGAUCAAAGAGGUCCUCCAUCUCCUGUACCGCACUCCGUUUAUAUUGUUUCUAUCGUUACGAUGCACGCGUCCGCAACGUCUGCACGGAUGCGUCGAUAGCUCGCCUAUUUUACUUCGCGUGAGAUGUCCAUCAGUUUUCCGAGGUCCGAUCGACUCGACGCAUCGCUUCGGACGUUGAGACGUUGCGUCGUAGAUAUGUGCCCGUAGAAUUGUCGUUUUUUUUUUUUUUCAUUUUCUCGUAGCCUUCGUUACGUCAUCUUUAUUUCCCUCGUACGAUGUCUGAUGCAUGUCGCAUGAAUUCGUGUGUCGAUGGAAAAUUUUGUGUCGUGGUCGGUGUCCUGCGAUCAAUGUUUCGAGAAAGAUUGUCGCUUUUGCGAAAAACGACGAGAGCGACGAUUCGUUAAAACUGUUUCGUCGACUGGUCGAGAGGAAUUGAAAAAAUUCAUUGAUUGUACAAGAUAAAGAAAUCGAAGAGAAAGAAGGAGCCGAUGGACGAAGAAGAACGAACGGAUGUAUCGUGAUUAACGCAAUUAUCAUUCGGAGGUGAAGAUUUCAAUUGUAAUAUCGAUCGAGAUCCGAUAGACACGACGUCGAACAGACGGUAUCACUUUGUUGGAAUCCCUUUCAUGAGUGCCAAAUGUUUUUGUAAUUUUUUUCUAUCAAUUUCGAAAAAAGACAACCGAACGAUCCGGCGCCAUGGAAUCAUUGUCAGCCGUUGUCGGAUCAUCGUAACGGUAGUUUUAGUGGCAAUUAAAGUGUAAUGGUUACUUUGAUUUCGAUGUAACAUAGAGACACAUGACAUGCAUGGCAGACUCCCGGGGAGAUAUUUGAACAACGCACAUGAUAUCAUACAGCCUCAUAUAUUCCUCUACAUUAUAGAGUUGUACCAACCAAUAGAAAGUUGUUCCUUAUCUACCGUAGUUUGAACAUUGAAAACGAGGACCUCUUGACGAAUUUAUUAUAUUCAUCUCGCCGCAUCAACGAAUAAAUUGUCAUUCAUCGUUAACUUCGCGCACGUUUGGUAACGACGGUAGAAAAAAUAUUGUAACAAUGCGGAGAGGCGAUCGAUCAGAAAUGAUCGCACGUCUCGUUGUUGGACCACGUAACGGGUACAGGUACACCAAGGGCAGUUGCGACGCGGUUGGGCCGAAUCGGGUUUCGUUUUCGGUGCAAAAAGAUAAUCGUACCAUCCGAUAAUGAGAUGGUGAUCGUGACCUCGUAUGGGAAUGUUCGAACUUCGAUUUCAAAUAACUGCGGAGUCAGGGUGAGGAAAUAUCCGGAUACUCUGUACCGUCUAACCCACACGUAUGUACAUCUGUGCAAUUUCUCUACAACCGUUGUCAUUUAUUAUCAAUUAUUGAUAUAUAUAUUCGCAUCGUUAUUAAUCUUUUCAUAAUUAUUACGCAUUAAAAGUUAACCAACGUAUUUGAAAUAUCUGUAUUACAAAAAUUUUGGAUAAUUUAUCAGACACCUAUGUAUCUAUAUACCUACCUAACUAUGUGUCGCACAUGAUAAUUAUACAUUAUUUAUUAUACACGUUCAGCUAUACAAAUAAAUGAUUUUAUGGACAUGUGUAUUCAAUACAUACAUAUACCUACGUAGGUAACACGCAAGCACACCUCUCAACAGGUGUGCGAUACCCACAAAUUAUACACCUGCAUAUUUAUAUACAAAUAUAUAAAUACGAUUAUUAUAAUUAUACAAGUAUUAAUAUAAAUAUGAAUAUGAAUAUGCGUAUACAAUGCAUACGAAUAUAAAUAUAAAUGUUAAUAUAAUUAUAAAUACAAGUAUAAGUAUAAAUAUAAAUAUAAUUAUAAAUAUGAAUAUAAAUAUUAAUGCAAAUAUGAAUAUAAAUACAAAUAUAAAUAUAAAUAUCAAUGUGAGUAUGGGUAGAAGAAUUCAAAUUCUCUUUACAUGUGAGUAUCCUAACUACAAGAUAGAAAGUAAAGAAAUCUUCAUUGAAUAUUCUUGUAGACAGGUCGCAUGGAUUUACAUUCGUCAGUUAUUAUACGAUUGUUACACACGAAUUGAGUUGUAAUAGAAAUUUGAAUUAUUUCCCAAAAGAAAAUAAUAAAUAGGGAGCGUCAUAUCCGCGGUUUGACAAGCCUUGUUCCGUUAUUUAUUAUAAUCGCUCACCGUAAAUCGUAGGCUUCGCCCGCGAAUUCAACAACACGAUGAGAUCACAGUAAGAUUAACUCCAAAACUUGUAAAUUAUCAUUAUAAUUACGUAUUACGAUUAUAAAACUAUAUAUGUUCCAUAGAUGACUGUAAAAAAAAUAGUAACAUACAUAGGUAUAUCGAUAUUAGAACAUUGCGAUUGUCGCGGUCCGCGGUGCGGGGAAGUAAUAAAAGUUGGGACCCUACUUAUAGCUCGUUCGCACAGCCCGAUCGCUGAACGAUCGAGCGAUAACUAAUUGUCCUACAAUAAAACCAGGCGAUCAACAUCGCGAACGUUCGCCAAAUUUCACGCAUUACAAUCCUGAUUAGGCGAUAAACUGCGAUCUCUUCGCAUCGCGAAUACAAACCGAAAUGAAACGAAGUAAGAAGAAAGAGAGAGAAAAAAAAAAAGACAAAGGCAAAUGACGACAAGAUUUGAUCUCUUACACAUAUGUAUAUUGGGUAUAUAUUACCUCAAAAUAACAAAUGUUCAUCUUCAUAGAUAUAUAAUAGCGUAGAUAUAUUGAACUAUGAUAAUAGUCGAUAAACGAAAAUGCUGCAGGUUGGCUUAUUUAUGAAUAGAGCAUAUGUAAUUGUUACGGGACGGAGCAAUAUUAUUAUUAUGAUGAUCAUUAUCACUAUUAUUAUUAUUAUUAUUAUUACUACACAAAGAAUACCUAUAUUGUUAUUAGUAUCAUUAAUACUGUCAAUAAUAGAGAACGCUAGUAUGUGGAUACGUUAUGAAUUAGUGGAAAUUUGUCGUUGAAUUAUUAUGCAUUGUUCUAUGUAUAUUAUAUAGGUAUACAAUUAUUGCAUUUGCAUAUUAUAUUGAUAUAUCAUACAUGAUGAUAGGAUGUUAUAUAUUACAUUACCAUUACAUUAUAUUAGAUUAUAUUCUAUUAUAUUAUUAUCUAUAUUUCAAGCGAUAUAGUAGCGUGAUAUAGUAACGCCUUCAAUUACCAUAAUAAUAACGUUAAUUAAUCAUUGUUAAAUGAUAAAUAUAGGUAUAUAGUUGAACCGUCACUACCUGUCAUCGUCGUCUGCGUCGUUUGCGUUCUUAUCGUAUGUUUGCUCUUCGCUUUUUGCCACCCAUGCUUUUUCUCAAUAACCGAUGUCAGCUAAUCGCUUCUCCAAAUUGCAAUCUAUACCGCCAUAAACGGCGCUAUGAUAUGUGCAUUCUUUUUCACCGUACGAAAUCAAAAUUUUGGGCAAAAAAGUCACUCGUCUAUACGUAUACCUAAUGUCGACGAGUACGAGAUGUAUGCGAUCGGUCGUGUAUUCCUAUUCGAAUUCAACGAAUAUCAAGAGAAUCAGGAUUAGCUGCGUCGCGUCGAAUUGUUCGUAAAACUUUUAUUAUACAUAGCAGCUUCCCAAAAUGCAUAUUAUACCUAUACAUAUACCGAAGGUGUAUGUACCUAUAAUGUGUAUACCAUCCGAAUAGCAUCUGCGUUAUAAAUCUGUGUAUGAAAUUGUACUGUGUAUACUUUUAGCGGUGCACGGGUGAAUAUGGAUAUUGAAUAUAGUAUUUGUUCAUGUGAAAUUUCGAUUCGAGUUAGAUAAAUGAUUCGUCGGGUGACAUUUAUGCUUUCUCUUCGUUCGUACUUUCGUACACCUGACUCUCAUUAACAUAUUACGGGUAUACUAUACCUCUCGUCUACCGUUCAAUAACUUGCUUUUUAAUUCUUGCUUCGUUAUACGGUCUCCGAGGAAUAAUUAUCGAUGCAAAAGACAUACUUAAACUUAUCUAACACGUAUACACCUACUGUAGAAUAUACUCAAUAAUCAGAUAAGACCGACAUGUUAUCGAAAACGUUGGCGUUGUUGGGGAAACGGCUGUGAUUUCUUAUCAUUAACAUUAUUGUUCUUGGUGUUAUUAUUAUUAUUAUUAUUAUUAUUAUCAUCUAUUAUCUAUUAUCAAUAUUGUUGACGUUGACGUUACGGUUGUAUUUUUCGUUGAACAGUGAUGAGGUAUUUUUCUAUUCCACCCCGUAUACCACUGUAACCGUGGACUUCGUCGGCCGUGAAUUAUUGAAUUAUUUCUUUUCUUACUUGUCUUUGAAAAUAUACGGUAUAUGUAAAGCAACGGUUGGAGUGUAACGUGAUGAAACCGAAUGAAUAAAGGAUCAAUUAGUGGUCCGAAGCAUCGUGAAAUAAUUUUUAGCCAGUCACCGCAUACGUUCGUUCCAUUUAUUAAAUUUUCAAUCCCGCCAUAUGAGCGCAUAUAAUAUACCUGUAUACAUGUAGGUAUAGGCAUAGAUAUAUCGAACUAUGUAUGGUAUGGGUAUAUCUAUCGAUAUGUGUAUUAUCUGUAUGCGUCCGUCUGUAAUUCGUCCUUUGUCCAUUUGUUUUUUUUUUUCUAUUUUUGUUUUUUUUCGUCUCAGUGGCUGUUCGUCUGCAUGUAGAUGUAAAAUUGUAAAAUUUCUCAUUCACGUGCUAUUGUUCCUGAUAUUCUAUGUAUAUGUAUGUACACUAAGUGACAUCGACUGUAAUUUAUAUCCCCUCAUCCCUUGAUUGUGCAAGCCCUGAUCUAUAUACGCGCAACAGUCACGCAAUGGGUACUGUGCAGUAAUUGUUGUAAAGAGUAUAUAAAUCUUGGCUGUGAUCAUACCAUGUCGUACAACGAUAAUAGACGAAUGAUAAAUGCGGGAUCAAAGUCUGAGAUUAUUUAAUUUGGAAAAUUGGAAAGUUUAUACGUAACAAGGGCUUUGUAUCGUAUAUGAUAUAAGUAUGCAUAGUACAAUAUAUACGUCUAUAAGCAAUAAAUAAUGAUAAAAAUGGGUCACUUUAAUAAUUCAUCUCAUCACCUGUAUAUCGCUAUCGCUAGAUAUUUAAUUGCUCUGCAAAAAAAUCUCAGUGGACUUUUUCGCAAUUUCUGGAUUUCUAACGGCGGUUAUACAUACAUAUAUACCCUGCAAUAUAAUUAGGUAUGCAUAUAUGUAAACAGGCUGCGUAAUGCGAGAUAUAUAAUAACGUGUAGAUAAAGGAGUAACAGAUCGCUACAAUUUACGAACAGCGAACGCUUUCUCAUAGCUUCGAAAACAUAUUGCAAUAUACCUUCGGGUAUAAUUAUUAAAAGUCUAACAUCAAAUAGCA